AUGGUCUGUGUACCGUGUAUUUUCGUUGGGUUAGCUAUUGUUAUUUGGUGCAAAUUUCUUGAACCUUAUAUAAGACCAAUUUAUGAAAGACUUUGUCAAUAUUAUCCACCAUUUAGAAUAAUUGGUGAUCAAAUGGGAACUUGGGCGGGUAAAAUCGAAAGAUUUGGAGAAAAAUUUGGUAUUCGCAUGCCCGAAUCAUGUCCUAUGCCAAAGAAAAACAAAAAUCUUUCUAAAUCUCCAUCUGAUGACAGCAAUAAAUUAUAUCCUGAUCUAAAAACAACAACAACCACGGCUGAUGAUGCAGAUAUUCAUCAUCGCACAACUUCGUCUCCAUUAAAUAACGAAUGA